AGGAAAAUGAAAAGGUUAUUUUGGAUUUGUCUCGCAAGCAAUUGAAGAAGGUGCCAAAGCAAGAAGACGCUCAAAAUGUUCGUACUUUACUUUUGGAGGAAAAUGAAUUGCAAAAAAUUGAUAAUAUCGAUUCAUAUCUUAAAAUUGAAAAGUUGUCUUUAAGCAAAAAUCAAUUAUUACGCAUGUAUGGUGUUUGCCGUCUACACUGCCUACGAGAUUUAAAUCUUUCCUUCAAUGGCAUACUGUCGAUUGAAGGUCUGAAGGAGUGUGUUCAUUUGCGUUAUUUGAAUCUGGAGGGCAAUAAUAUAAAGACAAUUGAGCAUUUGAAUACAAAUAUAAAAUUGGAAUUUUUGAAUUUAGCUGAAAAUAGUAUUGGGAGUAUAUCGGAUAUUUCAUUUUUAAAAAGCCUUAAGGAGUUGUAUUUGCAUGGCAAUCGUUUAACACAUUUGAGACAAUGUGACAAAUAUUUACCAACUUCAUUGGAAGCCCUUACUUUGGCUAAAAACAAUAUAAGUGAUCUCAAUGAAAUUUGUUCAUUAACUAAUCUUAUUAAUCUAAAUAGUUUAACGAUUAACGAAAAUCCUUGUGUCUCAAUGACGGCUGGACCAGAUGGUUUCGAUCAUAGACCAUUUGUUUUGAAUUGGUGUCUAAGUUUAAAAAUUAUUGAUGGCUUUGUGGUGGAUCCAAUUGAAAGUCUUAAAGCCGAAUGGUUAUAUAGUCAGGGUCGUGGGCGCAGUUUUCGUUUGGGCGAACAGGCUCCUUUGGCCAAGUACUUGAGUUCAGUGUGCCCGCUAAUUGGUAAAGCGUUGGAAAAUGAGAAUGAGCGCAAGCUACGUUUAAUACUUAGCAAAGCCCAACAUCAUCAACGUCAAUUGCAAGAGGAAAUUUCUGAACAUUCAAAUCCAUCUGCUAAUAAUUCACCAUCUUCGGGUCGUAAAAAGCCAGCGAGUCGAAUACAGUCUCCUAGGUUUUCUCGUUUGAGCGGACGCCAGGGUUCACCGGAUUCUAUGGUAAACAGUUAUCAUGGUAAUACAACAAAUGAACAAGUGGCCAAUGCCAAUCAUUUAGUCCAGAUGACAACUUCAUUAAUAGAAAAUAUUAAAAAUUGUGAUACUAUAAUGUCGCAGACUAUAGAUGGCUCUAAUGUCAACAGUUCAAAUUCUAAAAUGAAUAACUCGCAAGAUUCAACACCUCGCACUAUAACGCCUAAUCCCUAUAAUGGAGGACCUUUAAAUGCUGCCUCAAAGAUGGUCCCUGUACCAGAAACUCUCAUGAGUCCAGAUGUUUGUCCAGUUUCGGUGGCUCAAAGAGUUACGGUCUCAGCUAUAAAUACUCAAAUACAACAGACCAAAAUAAACAAAAACAAAGAUAAUCGCUUAAAUUCUCCAAAAAUGCGUAGUCCACAUUUAAAACGCAACACCGCGGAACGUAGUCCAGUAAUGAGUCCAAGAAAAACGAAUUCACAUUCCAGCACCGCGAAUACUGCACAGCACCAUCAAACGAACACAAAGAAUGUAGGAAGUCAACAGCAACAACAUGCAUCGCACAUUGAUCAUCAAAUGAAAUCGAAAUUUAUUAGCAAUUCAAUGCACGUAGCUGCACCGGAUGAUUGUUCCGGUGGUGGCAGUUCAGACGAUGACAGUGAUAAUAUAAAUGUUGACAAACUGAAAACUAUACGUAAUAAAGCUGCUCAAAGAUGCCAACAACUUAAACAAAAUAUGGAAAAUUCUAGUCAAAAUCAUAGUCCCGAUACUGAAAACUCGGCAGUAGUUAUACAAAAAAUAUGGCGCGGCUAUAGAACUCGCAAGAAAACUAAGGAUAUUGCGGAAAAAUUACUAAAGAAACGAACUCACGAAUAUAUAGAUAAAUUAACCAAAGAUAUGGAGAUGACGAAGGCUCAGUUAGAAAAUGAGCGCAAAAUCCAACAAUUGCAAAUGCAGGCCAUUAAUGCAUUAUGGAAAAAAGUCUCGUCCAUGCAGAAUACAACAGCUACCAACACCAACACGACAAUCGAUAGUCAAAAUGUGGAAAACACCAGUUCAACGACAUCGAUAGGGAAUCAACCGGGUCAAAAUACAUUAAGCUUGGAUAAUAGUUCAACAACGGUGGUCAAUGAUUUGGCUAAAACCUGCACGAUGUUAACGAAUCAGGUCCAGCAAUUGCAAGGUUCUAUGAGGGAUAUUUUGAAUUGCCUUACAUUGUUUUGCAAUUUGCCGCAAGAAAAUGUCAAACGUCUUUUAACCGCAGGAGUAGCUGAAGCUUUAUCGACUACACCCCACAACGUUGCACACGUCGCUAACUCCGCCACCACCACCUCCAACAUCUCAACAAAUGUAGAGAAAAAAGAUUCUGCUGCUACUCAAACAGAAAUUGUAGCCGUACAUACGCCCCAGUUGGAAAGUCAAUCAAAUUUUCCUUUUAUAAAAAUACGACCUUCAACGUUGCCUUUAAUAGAAUCACAAAAUCCUAAUACACCAAGUAAUUGUAACAAUGUCACUACCACCGCUACAGACACCGAAAACACCACUGAAACACCAACCAACCAAAGGCCUUCUUUAGAGGAAAGCGGUAUCGCCAGCACUGACGACGUGCGUAGUUCAAAUGAUUCCGUAUCAAUUGUUGAGAAACAAGACGAGGACGAGAAACAUAAUUUAAAUUUGACCACAACGAUUAGUGGCUAAUGAAAUUUGCAAAGUGAAAGAAAUGAAAAGACAACAAAGUGAUAGAUAUUUGUAUUUUAUUAAAAUGUAUUUUUCACAUUGAUAUAAGUUUAAAAUUAUCACAUAGAACAUAAAAAUCAUACAACAAACAAUUUUAAAAUUAACAACAAAAUCCGCCAGCACCUUUUUUUCGCAAGACAUGCUUAAAAAACAAACAGCAAACUAAAUUUUAAAAUCAAACAUCGAUAGUAGAAAAAUGCCAUUAGAUUUUUAUUAUUUUGAUUUUUGCAUUAAAAUUCGAAUUGUCUCUAGUUUCUUAUCCUCACCACACUCAUAAACACUCACUCUUUCUCAGGCUCGUAGUCGUUUCUAUUUUUAAAUGAAUGAAUGUGAAUGAAUGUUUUUCACAAGAAUGCUUAAUAAAAAAGGAUCUCAAAUAUUUUUACAUUACAUUAGUAUUUAUUAUUAUUAUCUUGUAGCUUUUGCAUUAAAACAACAAAACAAAAAUUACAAAUCAACCUGAUAUAAAAUUAAAAAAUAAAAAUAAAAUUAACAAACUGACCACCAGUUUAUUAAACCAAAUAUGAAAA